AUGGCGCCCGCUCUAGAGGCCUCUACGGGCCUGCAUAAGCUGCGGCAGCCCCUGCUGGACGGCGACGAGCACACCGAGCGGCAGGCAGCGGCAGCGCUGACGCUGCCGCAGCCCUCGCUGUCUGCCAGCCGAGUAGACCUCGACCCCGAGGCGCCCGGCAGCCCAACGCUGGCAGAGGAGAAGCAUGCCACCCGCCGGGAGAUGAUUGGGCUGGCCUUCAAUGCCCUGUCCACCCUCUUUGGCACCGGCAUGAGCCUGUUUGCAAAAAUCUCAGGCAGCCAGGGCAUUGGCGUUUUCAACAUCGUGCUGACCCGCUCCCUCAUCCUAGUGCUCUUCACGGGGCCAGAGCUGUUCUACCACCGUGUCAACCCCUUCCAUGACAGAAGGCGCCGCUGGCUGCUGGUGCUGCGUGGCGUGCUGGGCUUCUGCUCAGUGAGCUCCCUGUACCUUGCGGUGGCGCUGCUGCCGCUGGCAGACGCCUCGGUCCUCUCCUUCCUCUCUCCCAUCUUUGUGGCAGCCCUGGGCCCCAUCAUCCUCAAGGAGCGCUCCUCAACCGGCACCCUGCUGGGCAUCCCAGUGGCGAUGGUGGGGGUGGUGCUGGUGGCGCAGCCCGGCAUCGUGUUUGGCGGGGAGGACCACAUCAGCAAGCUGGGGGUGGCGGUGGGCAUCACCCAGGCCUGCUUCAACGCCCUGGCGCGCACGUGUGUGCGCGCGCUGAGCCAGGGCAGCAGCGAGCGCAUGUCCUCUAUCAUCUUUGGCCAGGGCAUCAUCAGCUGCCUGGGAGCAGCCAUCCUGUGUACCACCACCAAGAGCUUCCAGGUGCCGACCGAGGCGCCGGUGUGGGGCGCGCUGCUGGCGGGAGGCCUGCUGGGCUACUUGUACCAGCUGGCGCUCACGGCUGGCCUCCAGCGCGCGCGGGCGGCACCGGCGGUAGCCAUGUCUUACCUCAGCGUCAUCUGGGGCAUACUGGCCGACAUCUUUGUCUUCCACGACCUGCCUGACAGCCUGAGCCUGGUGGGCGCGGCCAUCAUCUGCCUCAGCAGCUUCUCGGUCGCCUUCAGCCAGAAGCGGGCGGGGUCCCGAAAGACGGCGGACGCCCGCUGGCAGAAGAGCACCGCGCGGCUGCAGCAGGAGCAGGAGGCGGGGCUUCUGCUGGGAGCGGCGGAUGGCCAGGACGGGGAGGAGGACGAGAGCGGCGCCUCGGCAGAAGGUGCCAGCCCUGCAGGCGCCAGCCAGGCCGGCUCCGUGGGAUGGGCUGGCGGGGAGGCUGGAGAGCUCAAGGCGUACGUCAAGCUGGCGGCGACCACGGUGGCCGCAGAGGUGGAGGCGGCGGCGGCGGCGGGCGAGGCGCUGGAGCCUCCCGACACGCCGGCGGCGCCCCACGCGCUGCCGCCUGCGCUGCAGCACGGCUCGGCGGACUCGCUGCCGCUGCUGGGCUCCAGCCCGCCGGCACCCCCCGCCCCGGCCUCGGGCUGGGUUCCGGCCGGAAGCUCGCCCCGGUGA